AUGGAGACGGGCAUCGGAUCCGUUGACGGGCCCAAGGGGGCGCCGAGCGGCGCGGUGGCGUGCCCGGCGACGUUGCCGGCGUCGGCGCCCACCUUCGUCGGCUCCCCGCACGCCACGCUGGGGCGCCACCUGGCGCGGCGCCUGGUGCAGAUCGGCGUGAGCGACGUGUUCGCCGUGCCGGGCGACUUCAACCUGACCCUCCUCGACCACCUCAUCGCCGAGCCGGGGCUCCGCCUCGUCGGCUGCUGCAACGAGCUCAACGCCGGCUACGCCGCCGAUGGGUACGCGCGCGCUAAGGGCGUCGGCGCGUGCGCCGUCACCUUCACCGUCGGCGGGCUCAGCGUGCUCAACGCCAUCGCCGGCGCGUACAGCGAGAACCUCCCCCUGAUCUGCAUCGUCGGCGGGCCCAACUCGAACGACUACGGCACCAACAGGAUUCUUCAUCACACCAUCGGCCUCCCUGAUUUCUCUCAGGAGCUGCGGUGCUUCACGCCGGUGACGUGCUACCAGGCCGUCGUCAACAACCUCGACGACGCCCAUGAGCAGAUCGACAAGGCCAUCUCCACGGCUCUCAAGGAGAGCAAGCCGGUCUACAUCAGCGUCAGCUGCAACCUCCCCGCCGUCCCCCACCCCACAUUCAGCCGCGACCCCGUCCCCUACUUCCUCGCACCAAGGAUGAGCAACCAGAUGAGCCUGGAGGCGGCCGUGGAGGCGACGGUGGCCUUCCUGGACAAGGCGGUGAAGCCGGUGAUGGUGGCGGGGCCCAAGCUGCGGGUGGCCAAGGCAGGCACGGCAUUCGCGGAGCUGGCCGACGCGAGCGGCUACGCGGUGGCGACCAUGCCGUCGGCCAAGGGGCUGGUGGCAGAGACGCUGCCACGCUUCCUCGGCACCUACUGGGGCGCGGUGAGCACGGCCUUCUGCGCCGAGAUCGUGGAGUCGGCGGACGCCUACCUCUUCGCCGGCCCCAUCUUCAAUGACUACAGCUCGGUGGGCUACUCCUUCCUGCUCAAGAAGGAGAAGGCGGUGAUCGUGCAGCCCGACCGCGUCACCGUCGGCAACGGCCCGGCCUUCGGCUGCAUCAUGAUGAAGGACUUCCUGACUGAGCUGGGCAAGCGCCUCAAGAAGAACACGACGGCCUACGAAAACUACAAGAGGAUCUGGGUGCCGGAGGGGCACCUGCCCGAGAGCGAGCCCGGCGAGCCGCUGCGCGUCAACGUGCUCUUCAAGCACAUCCAGAAGAUGCUCACCGGCGACAGCGCCGUCAUCGCCGAGACCGGCGACUCGUGGUUCAACUGCCAGAAACUCAAGCUCCCCGACGGCUGCGGCCUUGUGAUCCGUGCGUGCAGGUACGAGUUCCAGAUGCAGUACGGCUCCAUCGGGUGGUCAGUCGGGGCGCUGCUCGGCUACGCUCAGGGCGCCACUGACAAGCGUGUCAUCGCUUGCAUCGGCGACGGCAGCUUCCAGGUGACGGCGCAGGAUGUGUCCACCAUGCUCCGCUGCGGGCAGAACAGCAUCAUCUUCCUCAUCAACAACGGCGGCUACACCAUCGAAGUCGAGAUCCACGACGGGCCAUACAACGUCAUCAAGAACUGGAACUACACCGGCCUCGUCGAUGCCAUCCACAACGGCGAGGGCAACUGCUGGACCGCCAAGGUGACAUGCGAGGAGGAGCUGAUGGCGGCCAUUGCGACGGCGACCGAGGAGAAGAAGGACUGCCUGUGCUUCAUCGAGGUGGUGGCGCACAAGGACGACACCAGCAAGGAGCUCCUCGAGUGGGGAUCCAGGGUCUCUGCCGCCAACUCUAGGCCACCCAACCCGCAGUAG